AUGUCUGGAUCAACAGGACUUAAAGGGUCUAUCUGGGCUACGGGAGGUCGAUCUCGGCUUCAGGGCUCUGUCCCUUCAGCACGCGCUUCGUCGCAACCUUCAUCGCGACCAACGCCCCCGCCACCAUCUGUCUCAGCACCUUUACCAAGCUCAAUCUCAACUCCAGCACCUCUUUCGAGCUCAAUCCCAUCGUCAACACCUGCACCAAGCUCAAUUCCCACUCCGGCACCUUUGCCGAGCUCAAUUCCAGAUUCGACACAUUUGCCAAGCUCAGCUACAAGUUCGUCACGCUUGACUUCUUCUCAAGCUUUCCAUCGCUUCGAACAAGCUUGUCAGAGGCUGCGAUGGAAAUUUGCCGAUCUGAAAAACUCUUACGAGCGCGCUCUGCAUCCGGAAAAGUUCGGAUUCUCUGUGGGCGACGCCGAGAAGAAUUUCAAGGUGGACUUUCAUGAAUUCUACACUUGGGUUGAGCAAGCGAUUGUCCUUCUCCUUCUUGUCUUCAACAUUGAGAUUUCACCGAAAAGGUUUGGCAUGGGAAAGAAACAGCAGCACCGAUAUCACGAGGAAGUUAUCACCACCUUGGAAGAUGCGACGUGUCCGCUGUACAAGGCGCUGGGAAGUGGUGAAGUGAACAUGGCAUUACGGAAGGCCAAGGAGCUUCGGAACAGGUGGAAAGAUGCUGGCGAAGGAAAAGAGACGCCGCCGCUCAAGAUGUAUGACCUAACCUGGCUCGUAGGGCAGGUUCUGGCCGGGUUGGAGGUUGGAUAUGCGAUUGGCGCCAAGAAGGUUGAGACAGAUAACCAGGGGAGGUCUUGGGCUGAUGACUUUGACGAUGAGAUGGUUAUGGCUGUGGAUGAUGAGUGGGAUUGGAUGGUUGAGCCUAUGGAAUGGGAGAGUGUAAGCUAG